UGCAGUUAUACAAAAGCGCAGAACACCGGUGUGUCAAUUCGCAUCACCACUGGACGUUGACAUACAUAGUAAUCCCCAAACCGUUGUGCUUGAGGGAAAAUAUUGGAAACGUCAUGCAGCAGUUAUCAAGGCCGAAUAUAGAAAAUGGCGCAAAAAUUAUAAAUCAAAAGCAACUGGCUGCUUGACUUAUGAUUCGAAAAGUGAAUUGGACUUUUUGGAAUGGUCUCCGCUGAACGAUAGAAAUUUAAUGCCAGAGGACUGGACAACGGACACAUUGUUCUCGGCAAUAAAUGGACCAUUUCCAUUUCCAGAUUCCAGAGAGAUUGCACGCGGUGCAGGCAUUGCGGAUUUUAUACAACCAAGUCUGGGGCCUUUGCAACCGAAUUUAGAUGAUAUCGAUCUUACCUUGUCAGAUUUGCUCACCACAACCGGCUCACGCUUGCCACCCGUGCCCGAGGAGGGCACCGAUGCGGAGAUGCUCAAGAACGACGACUAUUGCCUGCAGGCGAUCGUAGGUGCUCCGCACACGCUCUACACCAACGACAACAUGAUGGAGGUGGUGGCCAGCAACAGUGGCGGCGGCAGUGCUCAAGUGGAUGCCAAUAUGUUGGAGCUGAAUACGCCCAUUGGCAACAUGCCUUACGGCGACAUUGAGCAACAGUUUGUGUCGGCGCGCCAGCAAGCUGUCAGCGAUACGCAGCAGCAACAUUUGCUGAACGACAGUCAGCCGACGCGUCUGCAUGCGGGCAAACAUUUUGGCGCGAUCGGCGGCAGUGAUAGCAGCAGUCGUUGCUCCCCCAACGACAGUUUCUCCAGCAAGAGCGUCAUCAAUGGGCGCAUCGCCAAGAAUACGCAGCGUCUCAUACGACGCGAGCCGCACAACUAUGAUAAGGCGCAGCCGACGCUGCAUCAGACGACAAUUUAUCAGCAGCUGCUGGCCGAGCAGCAAAAGAAUCAACAGCAGCAACAGCAGCAACAACAACAACAACAGCAGCAGCAGCAUUUGAGUGGUGGUGCUGUAUUGCAGCCGUUUCAGACGCCCCAAGAGCAACAGCAGCAACAGCAACUGUUGCAGCAGCAACAACAACAGCAACAGCCGCGCUUGCUCUUUCCCACACAGCAGCAGCAACAAAACGCUUACAAUACGCAAAGUUUCUUAAGUACCUAUGCAGACAGUUAUCAGCAGCAACAGCAACAGCAGCAGCAACAGUUGUCCACACAGCAGCAGCAGCAGCUCAGCGUCAAGGUGGAACCACAUCAAACAGAUGUUAUGUCUUUGCUGAACGACAGCUCCUACAACUCCAUUAGCUACAAGCCAUAUCCGCAGUUUAAAAAGUCCGCAUCGACGGGCACGUUUCUGAACGUGCCACGUGUCUCCCAGCAGCAACAGCAACAGUCGCAACAACAAACUUACAUGCAACAGGACCAACAGCAACAACAGCAACAGCAGCAAUUGCAGAUGCAACAGUCGCUGCCUUUGAGCCUGGGACUAAGUCCGCAGCAAAUCAUGCAGCUAACACGCCAGCAACAGGCAGCCAACACACAGCAGCAGCAGCAACAACAACAACAGCAGCAGCAGCAGCAACAACAUAUGCAGCUGCAACAACAAACUGUCUCCAGUCUGCUGCUGCCCCAGCAACCCGCUGUCAGCGUCGCCUCCUGGGCCACGCCCAACCAAACCACCCUCUUGCCCAAGGAGAUGCAUCGUUCCAAUAGCUUGCCGCUGAAUGUGUCGCUGCCCAAGCCCCUUCAUCACGAGCAGCAGCAGCAGCAACAGUUCAUUGUGCCCAAGUAUCACGUGAAGGGCAAAUCCCGUGUGCGCAGCAAUUCGAUGCAUCAACAGCAUACGGUUGUCGCUGCCGGCGGUGGCUCACCCGUCAACAAUGGCCACGCCAGCAGCAGCAGCAGCAGCACCAGCAACUUGCUGAUUACACAGCAAAUGCAACAGGCCACCAGCGAUCCAAUGCUCAACAGCACACUCGCCCAGCUGCUGACCUCAAAUACGCGCUUGCAGGCAGCCGUAGCCGGUAAAACGCAACAGUCCAAUUCUUCCGCCAAUGCCAUAGUCAGCAACAGCAACAGCAACAGCAGCAGUAACAACAAUAAUAACAACCAGCAGCAGCAGCAACAGCAGCAACAGCAAACGCUUUAUGUGAGCAAUGCAGCAACAUCGCCGAUGUCUGUGCCGGUGCCAGCGCAACAACAUUCACCAAAGAAGUCCGCCUCGUUGCCGCUGUCGAUUGCUGCGCCGGCACUGCACAGUCCGCCCAUGGCGAAGAUGCUCAGCUUUGGUGGCCAGGGGGGUAGUAAUUUGAGCCUGUCGCCGGACUCGCCGUUCCACGAUUCCCAGGACUCGCCGCUGUCGCCGACGACCAGCCUGAAGUAUCAGCCGCGCGAUACGCAACGUCGCGCCGGGCACAUUCAUGCCGAGCAGAAGCGGCGCUAUAACAUCAAAAAUGGCUUCGAUACACUGCACGCGCUCAUCCCGCAGCUGCAGCAGAACCCCAAUGCCAAGCUGAGCAAGGCGGCGAUGCUGCAAAAGGGCGCCGAUCACAUCAAACAGCUGCGCCAGGAGCGCAACGUGCUCAAGGAUAAAAUCGAAGCGUUGCGCAUGGAGCGCGAUGCACUGAAUAACUCCCUGAUGCACCUGCACUCGGUGCUGCCGGCGAAUGGAGCGCCUGUGACGCGGCAAGGCACGGAGAAUGUGCGUCAGCUAUAUGAGUUCCAUGUGCGGUACCAUACGAUGAUCGAUUGGAAGUUUUGGAUUCUGGGUCUCAUUCUGGAACCUUUGUUGGCCUCUUACACCUCGACCGUUUCCAGCGCCAGUUUGGAUGAGCUGCGUCGCACCGCUUUCCUCUGGGUGGAUCAGCACUGUUCGCUCAUAGAUCUGCGACCUGCUGUUACGAACAAAUUAAAGUACCUAUCGAUGCACACGGAUAUUGUGUCGGAUCCACCCAGUACCUUGCAGGAGGAAGUGGCGAAGGCUCUGCACAAUACCAGCGGACAGCAUCCCAAUCUGCAUGGCUCCUAACCGUUGUUGCUGCUCGUGAUAUGAAUUUAACCCAAUUGCUACAACAAGUCCAAUGUCAAUGCAAAAUGUUCGUCCUGCUGGGGGCAGCCACGUUCCACAGUCAGCAGUUAAAAAUUGUACAAAAUGCCUCGUGCUGGGGCAGAUUCAUUGUAUAUGUGUGCAUGCAACAGAUGCACCAUCAGCCACCAGCAGAUGUAGAUGCAGCCUUAGCUGCAACGACAGCUGGCGCUAGGCUAAGCAGCGUGUAGUGCC